AUGAUUUUCAAGAGACUAUUUUCUUCAUCUAGACUACUCAAAGAUAGUUUGGUCUUAGUUGAAGGAUCACAAUCACAAAUCAAUCCAGCAACAUUAUCAACAAUAACAGCAGCUUCUCAAAUUGGAGAGCCGAUAACGGCAUUAGUUCUUGAUUCAAAUUUAGCUGAACAAGCAUCAAAAAUAAAAGGUGUAACUAAAAUCUUAAAAACUGAUGGAUUUGAACAUGUAUUAGCUGAAGAUGUAACACCAUUAUUAAAGAAUUUAAUUGAAAAUAACAAAUAUAAUUAUUUCUUCACAUCUGGUUCAACUUUAGGAAAAUCAAUUAUACCUAGAUUAGGAGCUUUAUUAGAUGUUCAACCAUUAAGUGAUGUUAUAAAAGUUAUUGAUCCAAAGACAUUUGUACGUCCAAUUUAUGCUGGAAACGCUUUAGCAACAGUUAAAUCAAAAGAUAAUAUUAUAUUAGCAUCAAUUAGAGCUUCUGCUUUCCCACCAGCUCCAAUUGAAGAAUCAUCAUCUGUAUCAAUAGAAGAUGCUCCAAAAGUAGAAUCAAAUAAUAGAACAGAAUUUGUAUCUGAAAAUUUAACAAAAUCAGAAAGACCAGAAUUAGGUUCUGCUAAAAUAGUUGUAGCAGGUGGAAGAGGUUUACAAAAUAAAGAAAUGUUUAAUAAAUUAAUUGAACCAUUAGCUUCAAAAUUAAAUGCUGCUAUAGGAGCAUCAAGAGCUGCAGUAGAUUCAGGAUUUUGUGAUAAUUCUUUACAAGUUGGUCAAACUGGUAAAAUUGUUGCACCUGAAUUAUAUUUUGCUAUUGGUAUUUCUGGUGCUAUUCAACAUUUAGCUGGUAUGAAAGAUAGUAAAGUUAUAGUUGCUAUUAAUAAAGAUCCUGAAGCUCCAAUUUUUAAUAUUGCUGAUAUUGGAUUAGUUGGUGAUUUAAAUGAAGUUUUACCAGAAUUAGUUGAAAAGAUAUAG